UGCGCACCUCAGACCCGCGCCUCGGUGCCGCACGCCGCCGUCCACCCGCUGGGGAGGGCUCAGGAACCUUCUACACCAUACACAUCUCCUGAGCCUUUCCCCCGCGGCGAUCGAGGCGCCGGGCGGCUGCCGGGCCGGCGUCCACACACUACAAUGGCGGCCCUAAUAAUCAGGAGCCCCCUUCUGUCCAUUCUCUUCUAUUACGUCCUCGCCACGGCCGUCGCGGCGGCGGCGGCGGCGGCGGCGUCGAACGUCACCUCCGACGAGGAGUACUGGGCGGAGCGGGCGGAGGAGGCCCGGGCGAACAACCGCGCCGCCUACGUCAGCGACCCCAUCGCCGCCAUGAACCGCUUCAACACGGAGACGCUCCGGGCCACGACGCGGCGGUCGCUGCGGAGGUACCAGGGCCCGUGCGCGGCGACGAACCCCAUCGACAGCUGCUGGCGGUGCCGCGCCGACUGGGCCACCGACCGGCAGCGGCUGGCGCUGUGCGCGCGCGGGUUCGGGCACAAGACCACCGGCGGCGCCGGCGGCAAGAUCUACAUCGUCACGGACGCGAGCGACGACGAGAUGAUCAUCCCCCGGAAGGGCACCCUCCGGUACGGCGUGAUCCAGGGCCGGCCGCUGUGGAUCGUGUUCGCGCGCGACAUGGUGGUGCGGCUCCGUCAGGAGCUCAUCGUGAGCGACAACAAGACCAUCGACGGCCGCGGCGCGCAGGUCCACAUCACCGGCGCGCAGAUCACGCUGCAGAGCGUGUCGCACGUGAUCAUCCACAACGUGCACAUCCACCACUCGGCGCCGCACUCGGGGGGCAUUAUCCGGGACUCGAAGCGCCACUACGGGCUGCGUACCCGGAGCGACGGCGACGGCAUCUCCGUGCUCUCGUCCAGCAACGUCUGGAUCGACCACGUGUCCAUGUACCGGUGCUCCGACGGGCUCAUCGACGUCGUCAACGGGUCCACGGGGAUCACCGUCUCCAACAGCCACUUCACCAAGCACGACCACGUGAUGCUGUUCGGGGCCAGCAACGACAACCCGCAGGACAGGAUGAUGCAGGUCACCGUCGCCUUCAACCACUUCGGCAAGGGGCUCGUGCAGCGGAUGCCGCGCUGCCGCUACGGAUUCUUCCACGUCGUGAACAACGACUACACGCACUGGCAGAUGUACGCCAUCGGCGGCAACAAGAACCCCACCAUCAUCAGCCAGGGGAACCGGUUCAUCGCCCCCGACGACCCCAACGCCAAGGAGGUGACCAAGAGGGAGUACACGCCCUACAGCGAGUACAAGGAUUGGGUGUGGAAGUCGCAGGGGGACGUCAUGAUGAACGGGGCCUUCUUCAACGAGUCCGGCGGACAGAACGAGCGCAAGUACGACCAGCUCGACUUCAUCCCGGCAAGGCACGGAAGCUACGUCGGCGAGCUCACCAAGUUCGCCGGCACGCUCAACUGCCGCGCCGGCAAGCCGUGCUAGGCCGCCAUACUCUGCAUUUGUGGGAUCAAGGACUACACAGGAGAGAAACCAAACCAUAUACACAUAUAGGUUCUGGAUGGACAUGUAAUUAAUUAUAUGGCCGUUUCUGGAAUUUGUGUGUGCAAAGGAUGGAAUGCGGUGCAUGGCCUUUUAUACAUCGAUUGGUACAUUU